UCGGAUGUAGUCUUCGUUGACCGGAUAGUGUUUGUGUAGAGGAAGUUUUGUUUUUCCGAGUUUUCCGUCUUGUUCAAUUGAUUAGACGUUUAGCUAAUGUUCUCUUAAGAACGCGAAAUGCGAGCUGAGUGACCUACACGCCGGAAAGAGCAGCUUAUUUUUUUUCAUUGGAGGUGGUAAAAGUCUAGUCUCUUUGACGUACACAGCUCGUAUUCCGGUGGCACCUUGACGCUAACGUAGUCGAGCUAGUCGACGCGGCUAACGUUAGCCUCCGCCUUUCUUGCACUGCGCGGAGUAGCGCCCCUGACCGAGCUAACGAAGCCAUGGGGAACCGGGGCAUGGAAGACCUGAUUCCCCUCGUCAACAAGCUCCAGGACGCCUUCAGCUCCAUCGGGCAAAGUUGCAAUUUGGACCUUCCUCAGAUUGCUGUGGUCGGGGGGCAGAGCGCUGGGAAAAGCUCCGUUCUGGAGAAUUUUGUGGGCAGGGACUUUCUUCCGCGAGGAUCUGGCAUUGUUACCCGUAGACCUCUCAUUUUGCAGCUGGUCAACAGUAAUGCAGAAUAUGCCGAGUUCCUCCACUGCAAGUCAAAGAAGUUUGUUGAUUUUGAAGAAGUGCGUGCAGAAAUCGAAGCGGAGACUGACAGGAUAACAGGCUCCAACAAGGGGAUCUCCAGCAUCCCAAUUAACUUGAGGGUCUACUCUCCAAACGUAUUGAACCUGACGCUGAUCGACCUUCCGGGAAUGACCAAAGUCGCUGUGGGAGAUCAACCGGCAGACAUCGAGCAUCAGAUCAGAGACAUGCUGUUGCAGUUCAUCACCAAGGACAGCUGUCUGAUCCUGGCUGUCACGCCCGCCAACACGGACUUGGCCAACUCUGAUGCCCUGAAGAUCGCCAAAGAGGUGGACCCACAGGGUUUGCGCACCAUUGGCGUCAUCACAAAACUGGACCUAAUGGACGAAGGGACGGACGCGAAGGACAUCCUGGAAAAUAAACUUUUGCCCCUACGAAGAGGCUACGUCGGCGUGGUGAACCGCAGUCAGAAAGACAUUGACGGCAAGAAGGACAUUCGUGCUGCUCUGGCAGCCGAGAGGAAGUUCUUUCUGUCUCAUCCUGCUUACAGACACAUAGCAGAGCGGAUGGGAACACCACAUCUUCAAAAGGCUCUUAACCAGCAACUGACCAAUCACAUCAGAGACACACUUCCUGGUCUGAGAAGCAAGCUACAGAGUCAAAUGCUCUCCCUUGAGAAGGAGGUGGAGGAGUACAAGAACUUCCGUCCAGAUGACCCGACACGCAAGACCAAGGCUUUGUUGCAGAUGGUACAGCAGUUUGGUGUGGACUUUGAGAAGCGCAUCGAAGGCUCUGGAGACCAGGUGGACACCAACGAACUGUCUGGCGGUGCCAAGAUCAACCGCAUCUUCCAUGAACGCUUCCCAUUUGAACUGGUUAAGAUUGUUUUUGAUGAGAAGGAGCUGAGACGGGAAAUCAGUCACGCAAUCAAGAACGUUCAUGGUGUCAGAACGGGGCUGUUUACUCCAGACCUGGCGUUCGAGGUCAUCGUGAAAAAGCAGAUCGUUAAGCUGAAAACGCCUUGUCUCAAAUGUAUCGAUCUGGUCAUUCAAGAGCUCAUCAACACAGUCAGGCAGUGUUCCCACAAGCUCAAUUCCUACCCGAGGCUACGAGAAGAGACUGAGAGAAUUGUCACUAGUCACAUUCGAGAAAGGGAAGGAAAAAGCAAGGACCAGGUUCUGUUGCUGAUUGACAUUGAACUGUCCUACAUCAAUACCAACCAUGAGGACUUCAUUGGCUUUGCUAACGCACAGCAGAGGAAUAUAGCAGCCAACAAGAAGCGGGCCAUCCCCAACCAGGGUGAAAUUCUGGUAAUAAGAAAAGGCUGGUUGACCAUCAAUAUAAGCAUCAUGAAGGGGGGCUCCAAGGAGUACUGGUUCGUCCUCACCGCAGAAUCCCUGUCCUGGUACAAAGACGAGGAGGAAAAAGAGAAGAAGUACAUGCUGCCUCUGGAUAACCUGAAAAUCAGAGAUGUGGAGAAAGGCUUUAUGUCCACAAAGCACAUCUUUGCCAUCUUCAACACAGAGCAGAGGAACGUGUACAAGGAUUUACGACAAGUUGAACUGGCCUGUGACUCUCAGGAGGAUGUGGACAGCUGGAAAGCGUCUUUCCUCAGGGCUGGAGUUUACCCAGAGAAAGACCAGGUGGAGAACGACGAGGCAGCCCCGGCAGAUACCUUCUCCAUGGACCCUCAGUUGGAGCGUCAGGUGGAAACCAUCCGCAACCUUGUGGAUUCCUACAUUGGCAUUAUCAACAAAUCCAUAAGGGACCUGGUGCCCAAGACAAUCAUGCAUCUCAUGAUCAACAGCGCAAAGGAUUUCAUCCAUUCGGAGCUGCUGGCUUACCUGUACUCGUCGGCCGACCAGAACAGCCUCAUGGAAGAAUCUGCCGAGCAGGCGCAGCGUAGGGACGAAAUGCUGCGCAUGUAUCACGCCCUCAAGGAGGCGCUGCACAUCAUUGGUGACAUCACCGCCAGCACUAUCAGCACCCCAGUCCCUCCGCCUGUAAAUAACACCUGGAUACAAGAGGCCAGCCCAACACCUCAACGGCGGCCGCCUCCCUCAUCAGCCCCGCCUCCUAGCCGCCCGCCGGCUGUCCGAGGACCGACACCUGGACCCCCCUUGAACCCCACCCCGGCUUUCGCCUCCGUCCCUCUCAACCCGUCCCCCAACUUUGGCGCCCCUCCCAUCCCUUCCCGUCCUGGCCCAACACCGGGGGGCUUCAACCACCUCCAGGACCCCUUCAGCGCACCCCCGCAGAUCCCCUCCCGGCCAGCGCGCAUCCCACCCGGCGUUCCCAGCCGAAGACCCCCUGGUGCUCCCUCUCACCGGCCCACCAUUAUCCGCCCCGCCGAGCCCUCCCUGCUAGACUAGACCCCAUGGGCCCGACCCACUGUAAAUCUCUUCUGCGUGUGUGUGUGUGUGUGUGUGCUGGAGAUGAUGAAACACUUUUGCAAUCACGUUAACUCAUUGGCUGCCAUUGAUUGUGAUAGACGAAACGGCGUCGCUUUAAAAAAUGACUGAUUUUACUUUGAUCGCACAGUAAUUUUUUCAAACAUUUUUUUUUUUCAAAUUAAAACACUCAAACUAAGGAGUAAAAUCAACAACCUUCCUACUGUUCUAUCAGCUUUAAUGUUGUUUCAUAAAUUGGCUCACUAGCUGCCAUUAAUGGCAAUAGAAUACAGCAACACAUACUCUAUUAGAAUAUGGAAGUAAUUUUUUUUUUGAACCAGUAUGUGGUUAAGGAACAAGAUCGUAAAUUUAACUCGUAUGCUGCCAUUGACGACUGUACAGUAGAUGUCCAAAAUGGCAAUGAAUAAUAAUCAAAAUUCAUUUUGAAAAACACUUAACACGCACGCACGCAGAGUAGCCAAAUCUUCCCAUCCUAUUGAUUUUGGUCCUAAAUGAGCAUAUAAUUUUUUUUUUUUCUAUAAAUAAAACAAAUGGCAAAUGUAGCUCCGCCCAUUAGCGGCCGUGUGCACUUUCUCCCCGGCAUCCAUCGUGCUUUUCAACUUUAUAUCCUCCUCUAUGCAUUCAAAAUCCUUGUAAAUAACCAGAGCGGGGAGGGAGCACUUGUAUAUCUCCUUGCGUCGAAGCGCUUUAGAGUUCUAAUCCGAGAGCGGGGUGCGGUAACGCCGCGCGUCUUUCAUUUGACUAACUUUUAUUUAUAACCCGUUUUGUUUUGGUCGUACAUGGAAAGUGUGAGAUUCGUUGGUUGCUUGCUUUAAUGCAGGGUUUCCCAAAACCUGUUGGAGUAUUUCAGCAUUUUUACCCUCGACAACCACCGAGAAGCUAAAAAUGUCACGUUUGGGAAGACCUGUUUUAAUAAAUGACGUGAUCACACAAGGGGAAAUUGCAUUAUUUGUGGGGCUACUUGUGUUUAAGGAUGGGAAUUUGUUCGCGGAACCUUUUUUGUAAUUACAAAUGGGAAAGGCCUUCAGUGAUAUCGUUUUAUAAUUUCAUACAGGGGUGUCCACACUUUUUCUUUCAAGCGCCACAAAUAAACAUUAAAAGGGACAAAAGACCAGUUUGAGGACUUUAAAAUUAAGUCUUUUAGUGCCAGUGAAUAUGAUAGACAUCCACUCACGUGGAUUUAAAUUAGUUUGUCACUAUUGGACGUCCAAGCCAUUUGAACUGCGAGGGUGGCGAGCAUGAACGUACGUUCAUUCACUGCCAGCACUCCCAUUUUAAAUAGAUUGGACUUUAAAUAGAUUGGACGUCUAUCGCCGUCAAUGGCAUCCAAUUAGUUAAGAAUGGACUUCCUGUGCUUCUCUAAUUCACCAAGAAAAAACAAUCUGCUUUCUAAGUGCCAACAUUAUGACCUAAAUUUAAUACAGUAAUGUAGCAGGCUUUGUGUUGUCAUAAAAAACUGGACUGGUUUUACUCAACUUUUCAAGGAAAACUUAAAAUCGCAAAUUAUGUCAAAAUUUGAGAAAUAAAUGAUCAAAGACACGUUUGGUGAUGCACUUAAAUAUAAAGGAAAAAACAUUAUUAGUGUUCCAAUUAUGCAUAUAACGACUCUACAUGAGUAAACUUAAGUUUUUAAAGGUGAAAUUAUUUCUCCUGCCACUAGAAGAAGUCCGUGUAUCACUAAUAUUACUCACACAAAUUGUCAAUUGAGUUUCAUGGCAGUUUAACUUAUUGGCUGACAUUGAUGGCGAUAGACUGUUCGGAUUGGAUGGAUCGGACGUCUAUCACUGUCAAUGGCAGUGAAUAUGUUAAUGAUUCUUAAAAAUAAAAAAAUCCGUUCAAUAACUGGCAUGGCGUCACGUGUCCACAAUGUAGAAAUGAAGUACAGCUGUUAAAUACAGCCAAGCCACGAGUCAUGUCCUAAUUUCUGCUCAAAACUGUGGCUCGUAGUUUGGACACCCCUGUCUGCUUUCGCGGAAUUUGACAACACACUUUGUCCACAAGAUGGCGACAUCGCCGUUUUGUGGUCGUAGCACACUGCACAGACGAUGCGGUUUGUCGUUUUUGUUGUUAAAGUGCCUGUGUUGCCUCACACGCGCCACAAAAGAGUCAAUAAAAGACGUUGUGUACAAUCAUGAAA